GUACCUCCGGCGAUCGACCAUGGCUUCCCGUGCUGCAGGUGCGCUGCUGCUCGCGGCGGCGCUGCUGGUAUGCAGCAGCUCGUCGUCGUCGGCGGCGAGGAUGCCGCCGAUUGCGAAGGGCCUGUCGCUGGGGUACUACGACGAGAGAUGCCCGCAGGCGGAGGCCAUCGUGUUCAGCUUCCUGCAGGAGGCCAUCGCCAAGGACGUCGGCCUCGCCGCCGCGCUGCUCCGCCUCCACUUCCACGACUGCUUCGUCCAGGGCUGUGACGCCUCCAUCCUGCUCGACGGCACGCCCGCCGGCGGGAAGAGCGAGAAGCAGGCACCGCCCAACCUCACGCUCCGCUCCUCCGCGUUCAAGGCCGUCGACGACCUCCGCGCCCUCCUCGACAGGGAAUGCGGCGGCACCGUCGUCUCCUGCUCCGACAUCGUCACCCUCGCCGCUCGUGACUCCGUCCACCUCGCCGGAGGGCCGUGGUACCAGGUGCCGCUCGGCCGCCUCGACGGCUUAAAGUUCGCGUCUCAGGAGGCCGUCCUCGACGCGCUCCCGCCGCCGAGCUCCAACGUCACCGAGCUCCUCCAAGCGCUCGGCAAGCUCAAGCUCGACGACAACGACCUGGUGGCGCUCUCCGGCGGGCACACCGUCGGCAUCGCGCACUGCCCGUCGUUCGGCGACCGGCUGUACCCGAAGCAGGACGAGACGAUGGACAAGUGGUUCGCCGGGCAGCUGAAGCUGACGUGCCCCAAGAAGGACACCGACAACAGCACGGCGAACGACAUCCGCACGCCGGACGUGUUCGACAACAAGUACUACGUCGACCUGAUGAACCGGCAGGGGCUGUUCACGUCGGACCAGGACCUGUACAGCGACGCGAGGACGAAGCCGAUCGUCACCAAGUUCGCCGUCGACCAGUCGGCGUUCUUCGACCAGUUCGCCUUCUCCAUGGUGAAGAUGGGGCAGAUCGAGGUGCUGACGGGCAAGCAGCAAGGGCAGAUCCGCAAGCGCUGCUCGGUGCCCAACGCCGCCGUCGCCGCCGGUGACGGUGCCUGGUCCGUCGUGGAGACCGUCGUUGAUGCCGCCGAGAGCUUGGUGCUGUAGAAGCAACAAGAUGCUAGCUAGGCUGCAUGAUUAAUUUAAUCAAGCUAUAGUUUCGUCAACAAUUAUUUUUUUGUGCUUCCUUUUGUCAGUACUACGUACUUGCGUAUCUCUA